GUGGCAUCCCUUGUUUCACGCUUCAAUGGAAAAUAAUGUAAACAUUCAAACGAUACACACAACAGGAAGAUUCGGAUUUUAUUACAUUAUAUAGUAUACUUACAGAUGGGCGGUGGUGAUGGAGCUGGCGAGGGAGAGGGUGGACGUCGCGGGGGGAGGCGGGGCCGGAGAGGCCACCGCGCGCAUCAUAAUGCCCACCAUCGGGCCCAGCAGAGGCGACAACAUCGACGCCAUCGUCAGCACGCUGCUUGGAGGCGUAGACGCCAUGGGCUGUUUGGGCGCAAAAAAUGGGGAGUAACCGGACUUGGACAUCGUCGCCGUCAACGAAGGGUGCGCUACACAGGCGGGUCAGGAGCAUCCGGAGGGGCCGGGUCCCUUUUCUGUUGCUGUUUUGGAAUUCAACCUAAAACACCCAUCCAACAGAACGAGGAAGACCUACAGACGCUCCAGAGAUACCAGAAUGAAAUCAUUGAGUGCCAUAAACAGGAAUUAGCCCUGAAACAAGAAGAAAAUGCCGACCAGGGCGCUGACAUGGGGCAAGACCCGCCUGGAUACAACACAGUUAUGGGUAUCCAGCCGCAAGGUGGCGCAUUUGGAACCAACCAAACGUUGACCGGCACCCAUCCGGGACCUAUUCCCUCUGCCCCGGGAAUGGUUCCACCGCCCGUAGCCGGGCAGCAGGUGGCGGAUAUGCCUUCAGCACCUAGUGCGCCGCCGCCGACAUACGACGAAGUCAUGGCUCAGGACGCACAGGAGUUGCAAAGGGAGCAACACGAGUUACUUAAUGACAUCCUAGAUCAACAGAGAGAAGAAACCGACCCAGAGAGGCUAGAAGAGCUGUACAUGCAACACCGGGAGCUCAUCGGGCAGAUGGAACAGCUCCACGCGGCCGGUUUUCAUUAUGCUGGAGACAUUCCGCCCGUUCCCCAAUACGGGGGCCCGGGCGUCCAGCCAGCUCCUGUGCGAGAAGUGAUGGACGUAGGCAUUGCAGUAAAUUCUUAGUCGCUAUGCAGGACCAAUGUUCAAUGUUUUUGAAUAUACAUUAUAUUUAGUUUAUGAAUCAAUGCAUACAUGUGCUUAAAAGAUCAAUUUGUCCGUCUUCGGAGCCACUGAACAGAAUAAAUUAUUGUGAAGAUAUGUGUGAAACAUGUUUAAAAGACAUCGGAUGGGGAUCAAGCCCGCGACCCCUUACACUGCAGCUGGACACGCUACUACGUCGCCAUGAAAACUGGCUCAAUAAGAAGACAGCUUCUAAGUGCCGUUUUAUGUUGAAUGAUAAGCUACAAAAAUCUUUAUGCAAGAAUAACAGCCUUAGUAAAUAAUGCUCAUACAUGCAGUUUAUAUGUCACUUUCAUGGGAGUUGCUCAAUGCAUAAACGGACUAUGAAUAUGUCGAGUUUCACUACUUCUAAUACUGGACUAUAAACAUUGUAACACGGUACAAAUGCUUACUACACUUUAUACAUAAAUAAAAAUACAUCAGAAUAUAACUAUAUGCAUGUUUUUUUCUUUAAGAAUAAUAGGAGACUACUUUCAGAAGACAUAAGUCACAUAUUUUAAGUGCUCUUACGAACCAUUUAUUUGAAGCAUUGGCAUGUUUCACUACUCACUGGCAUUUUAUUUAUAUAUUAAUGUAUACAGUCGAAUCCCGUUAGCUCGAACUCACAGGGACCGGCGAAAACACCUCGAGCCUCGAAGAGUUCGAGCCAAAUGGGAAUGCUUAUCUUCAGUAUAAAACAGUCGGCCCUCUACAUCUAGUUCGAGCCAACGAGAAAAUCGAGCCAAGCGAGUUCGUGGCAACGGGAUUCGACUGUAUAAGUGUUGUGUAAAUGUUAUUUUUUACUUCAUCUAUCAUGCUAUUUUUAAUCUUAUUUUGCUCGACUUCUUUUCAAGGUAACUGUCGAGGUAUUGUGAUAGUCUUGGUGUAUCAAUUUGUCGGUGUUGUCCGUCUGUCAAAAACAGUUCAAUAUACUGAAAUGAAACUUGGUACAACUGCCGCCUAAGACGCUUCGCAUUUGUGUUGCAGGACCCGUUACUCUGACAAUAAUAAUUGUUGAGUUAUGCCUCUUUUCUACUGAAAAACAACAGACGAGCGUCGGUAUUCCCUUGCUAUUUUCUUGUUUAACAUAAUGUUACACUUGUUACUACGGUUUUAUAUAUUUAAGGAAUGAAUUCCUUAUAUUUACACCAAUAGUUCAUUAUUUCAUUCAAGAAUUGUUAAAAACAUACUUUAAUUCAUCUAAAAAAACUUUUCAGUAAUCUUUUCUUACCCAUUUUGUAAAUAGAACGACCCGACUGUAAUUGGAAACCUUUAUUUCAACCACUUGAACUCACUUUUAAACGUAAAAUUGAAACACUUAUGGCGGCAAUACAUUCAAGAUAUAAUAAAUUAACACUUAAAAAUGUUGAUUUAUAUUUUACGGGACCUGCUGACACAAUACAAACAAUAACAAGAUCAAUAAUUUUCAUGUAUAUUGUUAUUCGAUGAAUCGCGAUCCAAACAUAUCCGAAGAUGUUGCGUACAUCAAUUGAUAAACGCAAUUGCCGAAAGGCAAGGAAUGGAAGUUGAGGUGUAAAUAUUGUAAUAUGAUAUUAAUGUAACGCUCUGUUAAAUUGUUGUUUGUAAUCGUGUUAUUAUUACUAUUCGCAUGUGUAACUUUGUACAGAAUAUCAUCAUAUACAUGUAGCUUAUCGACAGAUGAAAAUAUAUAUACGAAAACCAAUUAUAUUAUAUAAUAUUUAUCAACUAUAUGUUAUAUAUAAAUAUAUUAUUAAUUUUAUACAAUAGUUACAAAAUUAAAAUUAAAUACAAAUUGUUUCUCCAGUUUGUUUGGUGAUUUCAAAUCGAAUCAAGCGUUUGAAAAGGCAGAUCAUGUGUG